ACCUGGAACUCGGUACAGUUAGGCAAGCGUUCUGCCAACUGAGCUGUGCUCCCCAGCCCUUCCCGUAGACUUUGGAAUUGAAACUAUACCAGGCUGGGGAGAUGGCUCAGUGGGUAAAGUGUUUGCUUUUCUAAGCAUAAGGACCCCAGUUUGGAUUCUCAGCCACCCAUGUACAAAGACUGUGGAGGCAUGCACGGGAUGCAGAGACAAGCCUGUGCGCCGAACUCGUGGGCCAACCAGUUUAAGCGCUCCAGAUCUACUGAAGAGAUUCUCAAAAAGAUGCCCUGCUGGCAGACUUGGAAUCUACCACUUCCCACAUCUCCAAACGGCCAGUGUUCUUGUCAGAGGAGCCCCCCUACUCCUACCCCACUGGAAACCACACAUACCAGGAGAUCGCGGUGCCACCUCCGGUCCCACCACCACCGUCCAGCGAGGCCCUCAAUGGCACGGUCCUGGACCCUUUAGAUCAGUGGCAGCCUAGUGGUUCCAGAUACACUCACCAGCAGCCUCCGUCCCCACUACCCGUGUACAGCUCCAGUGCUAAAAAUUCCAGUGCCUCCAACGCCCAGGACGGCGUGGGCUCCCUUUGUUCCCGAGCAGGCGAGGAAGAGCACGUCUACAGCUUCCCCAACAAGCAGAAGUCGGCGGAGCCCUCACCUACCGUGAUGAGCUCCUCCUUGGGCAGCAACCUCUCUGAACUUGACCGGCUGUUACUGGAGCUGAACGCGGUGCAGCAUAGCCCGCCCGGCUUCCCUGCAGAUGAAGCCGAAUCGAGCCCCCCCUUGCCUGGAGCCCUGAGCCCCCUUUAUGGCGUCCCAGAAAAUAACACUCCCUUGGGUGGCAAAGCGGGGCCCCUGGUGAAAGAGAAGCCAAAGCGAAAUGGAGGCCGGGGGCUAGAGGAUGUGCGGCCCAGCGUGGAGAGCCUCUUGGAUGAACUGGAGAGUUCCGUGCCCAGCCCUGUCCCAGCCAUCACUGUGAACCAGGGAGAGAUGAGCAGUCCGCAACGAGUCACCUCCAGCCAGCAGCAGACCCGGAUCUCGGCCUCCUCUGCUACCAGGGAGCUGGACGAGCUCAUGGCGUCACUGUCAGAUUUCAAGAUGCAGGGCCUGGAACAGAGAGUGGAUGGAGAGCGGCCGUGGGCAGCCGGCUGGCCCCCCAGCAGCAGGCAGAGCAGCCCCGAAGGGCAGGACGAGGGAGGGUUCAUGGCCCAGGGGAAAACUGGAAGCAGUUCACCCCCUGGGGGGCUCUCUAAGCCCGGGAGCCAGCUGGACAGCAUGUUGGGGAGUCUGCAGUCUGACCUGAACAAACUAGGGGUCGCCACCGUUGCCAAAGGGGUCUGUGGAGCCUGCAAGAAGCCAAUCGCCGGGCAGGUCGUGACCGCCAUGGGGAAGACAUGGCACCCUGAGCACUUUGUGUGCACCCACUGCCAGGAAGAGAUUGGAUCCCGAAACUUUUUUGAGCGGGACGGACAGCCCUACUGUGAGAAGGACUACCACAGCCUCUUCUCCCCACGCUGCUACUACUGCAACGGGCCCAUCCUGGAUAAAGUGGUGACAGCGCUGGACCGCACGUGGCACCCGGAACACUUCUUCUGUGCCCAGUGUGGAGCCUUCUUUGGUCCAGAAGGCUUUCACGAGAAGGACGGCAAAGCGUACUGUCGGAAAGAUUACUUCGACAUGUUCGCUCCCAAGUGCGGCGGCUGCGCCCGCGCCAUCCUGGAGAACUACAUUUCAGCCCUCAACACCCUCUGGCACCCCGAAUGCUUUGUGUGCAGGGAGUGCUUCACACCCUUCGUCAACGGCAGCUUCUUCGAGCACGACGGGCAGCCGUACUGUGAGGUCCACUAUCACGAGCGGCGUGGCUCUCUGUGCUCUGGCUGCCAGAAGCCCAUCACGGGCCGCUGCAUCACCGCCAUGGCCAAGAAGUUCCACCCUGAGCAUUUCGUGUGCGCCUUUUGCCUGAAGCAGCUCAACAAGGGCACCUUCAAGGAGCAGAACGACAAACCCUACUGCCAGAGCUGCUUCCUGAAGCUCUUCUGCUAGGCCGGUGCCUGCCCUCCCCACCUUCCCCAGCCAGCCAGUGCCGCCAUGCACCGCUCGCACGGGGCCAAUCCACCAACGGAAACUGGAACCUCACCCUCUCAGCAGGUGCAGGCGCAGGACAGAACACUGGGUCCGUCCUGCCUGUCUCUCGUCCCUACCACUGCUUAAGGGGCCUCCUCCCCCUUCUGUGGCUCUCCUGGGCUCUUUGCACUUCAUCUUCCCCAGAGGUGGAAGCUGCUGCCCAGUUGUCCCGUGGAUGUCCCUAAGAGCCAGCACCUCACACUGGAGUCUUUGACAGUCACCUUUCCACAGUGUGGUCAUUGGGAGGGCAGAGAGGGUCAGCUAGGGGCUCUUUUUAUCCUUCUCCAAACCCCUACUGUAUUGGGGACACCGGGCCCCACUAGACAAUGCCAGCAUAAAGUCACCCAUGGGCCACCAAAGGCACUUUGGGUGCCACCACCCAGUCUCCCAGAGUCUGGGUGACUGCCCCGGGGUCUCUGAGAAAGCCUCCUGCAGCAAUAACCUUUUAUAUAGACACGUGCUUCAUCUCUGGGGAAGGCGUGAGGUGGGAGUGUCACCCACCCGCGCCUCAACACUGUACCAAAUUUGAUAGAUUUCUACACUGAGGUUCAACUUCGUACAGCGCAAGUUGCUUUUAUGUAUCUCCACAAGAUGAUUUUGAAGAGAUUUAAAGAACGCCCCCUUUUGUACUCUCGUCUGUCCUCGCCGCUGGGUCAGCCGGUGGCCUUGGUUUUGGUAUGGACUUCGCUUUGUACUGAGGGCUCAGGACGGGGAAAUACUUUGUAUCUUUAUGUUAUUUCUUAGCACAAUGAGCUGGGAGCGGCUCUGUGCCGACUUCUGGAACCUCACAGCUCCCGGGACUGUUUUUAAACUGCUGUAUUUUCAAACCCUUCCCUCACUGCCCAGGUCAACGGGCUCUUCAUUAAGAACUACUCUAAGAAUGUCCAGCCCUUUGGACCUGGAGUUUUGAACCUCACGGGUCCUGUUCCCAAGGCAGGCAAAGGGGAGAGACAUAUUUGGGGGUCUGCUUCCUGCCUAAGUAAGCCAUCUGGAGCCAGCCUCUGCUCCCCGUGAAAUUUUUUUGGCGACAAGGAGAACCCCUGAAUUUUCUCAGCCUCCUCAUUGCUUCUCUGGGGCUCACUCUUCUGCCUUCUCAGGAAAGCCGGUGUCUGAUUUUGACCAGGAAUACAGUAAAACGUCUCUGGUCUCCACUCCACUGAACGGAUCUCUCCCUCCCUCAAACUUCCUGUCAACUGACCGGGGCGAAGGUUGUUGUUCCCUUUCACAGGUGGGGUUUGUGUUGGUGCGGGGGGCCGGGGGGGGGGAAAGGGGGUCUGAGAAGAAUGCCCCAAGCUGGUACAGGGGAGCCUGGUAGGAUUUGGGGAAGAGGGACAAGAUCCCUGUUAGAGCAACGAAAAGUCCCAGAGCUCCCAGUCCAAAGGAUGAGAUGGGAGCAGCCAGCUUGGAAAUGGCUGGGGAAGAGGGGUCUGGAAAAGGGAUUCCAGACAAUUACAUAGGCUGGGGACCUACACCUUACAUCAGCUUCCCAGUAGAGGACCAGCGUGAUGGGGUCCCAGACAAGGAUCCCCGGUCAAGGUCAGCUCCGGCAGUGGCUGCAGACACCGGCACUUCCACCCACAGGCCUUACUGCUCUGUUUACAGUGACCUGCUCCAGCCCCCCCCCCCCCUCCAAGAAGAGGCCGGGGUAUCUGGAGGGCCAUUCUCUGGGUCAAUGGAUCUGUGAUCAUUUGAUUUUUUUUUUCCCCCUUAUAAACUUUUAACCUGGCUUUUCUCAUUUCAACUCCUGUGAUAUAUGCCAAUAAAGUUUGCCAUGAUUUUCACCCGA